GUUGGCCGCUGCAAGGCUUUCAGCCAUUCAUGCCGACACAGACCAGUAGACACGUACAAUAAAUGUCUUCCUACAGAUCAAUGACCACUGGAAGAGAUGGCGGACCUAGCGAGAAAUAGACAAGUACACGGCGGAGGUAUGCAAAUAGACAAAUAAACGGAGAAACAGGAAAACUGGAACAGGGUGCAAGUCACCUACACACUGCACUUUACGAAGCAAGCUCCCUCCCUCCCUCCCUACCUACCACUCCUUACCUCUUCCUCCCUCCCUCCCGAGACACGUAUCCACGGCCUGAUUGUUUCUACACGUCAGCACGUCAAGAUCGGUCGCAUGACUGCGACCAAUUCCCACGCCCAGCAAUCCCUCUCUGCCUACAUGCAUCGGUCAGGUUGGCUGCGACACGAAUGGGCUCGUGGCCCACCGCGCCAUGUCAUCCACCGACCCAGCAAAAGCCACAUCCGUCUUGCACUGCUCACACAGGUAGCCCCGUGCAGCAGCUCCAGCGGCUCUUUGUCUUGCUUGAUGCGCUCCCUGCUCUCCUGCUCGCGCCGGGCGUUCUCGGCCUUGACCCGGGGUAGAUUCUGCUGCCAUGUGGUCUUGCGGCGGGCAUAGCAGGUGGUGCAGAUGUGCAUGUGUCUGCAGGGGAUGUACAUGACGGUCGCGGGGCCGUGCUCGCCAAAACAGAUGAGACAGUCCACCACAGCCGCACUGUUGCUGGCAGCACCGGCGGUUGUUGCUGGGGGUGAGGGGCGCUGGGGCUGGCGGGGCCUGUCGUUUCCCUCAUCAAAGCUGCUAGACGGCAAGCAGGCAGGCGACCUGACACAAACAACAGAGCAACAGCCGUACCGCCACCUCAUCGGUGUUACCUCGAUGCCUCACCUGUCGGGAAGUGUCACUGGUGUCACCGACCGCCCAUCGCCACCGCCACAAGACGCAAACCUGAAUGAGGAAACACAUAUGGAGUUGCCGACAUAUGACCUGUCCCCUGCUAUAUGCCCUCACCUGCCAUGGUUGACGAGUGGCGGGGGGCCUCUGUUGUGAGAUGCACCAGCUUGAGCACACGCCGAACUCACCGGUGAGGACAGCUCCUUGCUGAGGGCAGCACCAGAUGAGAGCUCAGGUGGGCUGGGUGGAGGGGGCGGGGGCGGGGGAAGGGGAAGGGGACGGGGAGACCGCCGAUGAGCCUUCGGGUUGCUGAUGACCUCCGCUGACGGCAGCCAGGGAGCUGAAGGGGCCGCGCCCAUCGACGGUGGUGGAGAUGCGAUUGUUGGCAGCCCCAGGCCCCUCCCGGCCGCCCGUCUCCUCUGUGCUAUGCUCACGCUCAUCGGCAGAGUGUCGCGCGGGGUCGGGUUUGCCGUCGAUGUGGCACUGCUGACAGCUCCAGACGGAUGCCCCUCACUCACCCUCUUUGCAGGGCUGCUGGUUGCCGUCUGGUGAGAUGAAAUCGCUUGAGUCGUCCUGCCCCUCUUGGUCCGGUUCGACCGAUUGCGCGUCACCGCCGUCCACUGGCGGUCAUCAGACUCCAUCUCGGCCACAGUGGUCGAUACCUCUCGCAGCACAUUGGGUGUCUGGCGGCCACUGCUGCUGCUGCUGCUGGCUGUUGGAGCGGAGGCACGGCCGCCCCCAUCAUUACUCCCACCACCAGUAUCAGCAGCACCAGAGGAAGGCUGAGCAACGGGCCGUCUGGGAACAUUAGUGUGUCGCCCCUUGCCGCCUCUGCCCUUGUCCUUCUUAUCCGCCUCUUCGCCAGCCAGCAGCUCUCUCUGGUGCCGCUCGGCUUGCUGUUCCCGUCGGUACUGCCGCAACCGCAAAAUGUGGAGGUAGAGGAAGCGCCACAAACGCGGCAGCAUGGCCAGGGCGGCAAGAAUGAUAGCGAUGCCGAGAGCCCGACGUGACAAGACUCGGUGGCCGCCUGGGGUCAUUGCGAGAAUGCGGAUGGCCGCUGCCUUCACCGACAGGUCACCAUAGUCCAGCAGCUUGGCUAGAAGGGGCAGUCCGCCCACCUCCACCAACUGAGAUUUGGCUGACUCCGCACCAUCCUCCCCCAAGAGGAUCUGCAGGGGGCGUAAGGCGUUGACAGGUUUCAGGGCACCAACUGCACCUCUGCCUGAGAGCUCCGUGCUGCGUGUGAGAGCCUCGACAAGAGAGGGGACCGCGCCAAGCCUGACACAAGCGGAGCCCAUAAGCAUCCGUUUGUGUAUUGGUUUGUUUGGCCACUCAGUUACCGACCGGAUGAGAGCAUCGACUACCCGAGGGCCGCUCCCGGCAAACCCGCUGAGUACGUCGCCCGCUGCCCGCUGAACGUCAUCGUCCCCGGUCUCGCGAGCGACACGAAGCACAGCUUCUCCAAGCUGAUCGACAUACUGCAAGACCACCAGCUCCUCGCUCUGGGCAGUGCCUUUAACCAUUCCCAGCAAAGUACCCACUAGCUGCAGCUUGUCGUCGCUCUGCAGUUCCAGGGCCAACAUCUUGGCGGACGCCGCUACAAGCCCAGUUGGCUGGCUGCGGCCCUCAGAUUCGUCAAGGAGAGACUCCGUGUCUGUGUCGUCCGCCAUGCUCUCCACGUUUGCCUCCAAUAGCUCCAUGGCCCUUUUGGCUCUCAUUUGGAUGGCGUCAGUGGGGUGCUCAACGAGCUGCUCGAUCGAUUGCUUACAACGACCGUCACGCUGCACAUACAUAGAGACACAACACGACAGACGAGCCGUGCAAUUGGGGUGUUUUCCCUCCCUCUUUGCCUUCCCGUGUGUGUGGUCAGUGAGUGCAGGACCUUUGUAAGGAUGAAGGCUUUGGCUCGCCGCCUUAAACUGCCACUGAGCGAACUGACAGACACGUACAGAUUCAAUACUCGUCGAUGUGUGAUGUGAGUACACACCUGAGGGCACCCGCCAAGGAGUCGACGAGAAGAGUGUCAAUGUAGUCCCAGUCCCACAAAGGCGACUGCAUCUCCGCCGUAAGGAAGCCACACGCCUGUUCAACGCAGGUGUGGUCAGCUGCGUAGAUUUGCUGCUGCAGCACACGCAGAGCAAAAAUUAAGAAAUUAAGAAGAUCUGUCUGUUGUGUCUUGCCCACUCACUUGCGUGUCAGUCCCCUCGCGUAUCAGCAGGUUGCACACACGAUUAUACGUCAGGAUGUGGCCAGCUGCAUCGCUGAAUUGGCCAACAUUGCUGCGUGAUACAGCGACUUCCAUGUCACGCAUCGAUGCAGUGAGGACGUUGGGAAGCACUUCAGAAUCGAUCAUGGUCUCAAUUACGGCUGCCUGCAGCCCGGGCCGCUCGCCUGAUCGAACACACACACACAGUUAGGACAAAGAAACACACAAACAAACAAACAAAGGAAGGAGGCUUGUGGUGCGCUGUGGUGGCUGGUAUGGGUCAUCUUACGAAGGUCAUCAAGGAUGGGCAUCAAGAUGUUCUCUACGAUGGCAAUGGCAUGGUGACGCAUCCUGACGUCGGGCACUAACACCAUGGCCGACAGCUUUUUGAGCGCCCCAUGCUCGAACAAUGUGUAGGCCACAUCAACACACUUAGGUCUUGGAGCCAGACACGGAGCGAUUUGGAGCUUCCUGAUGACGUCGGUUGCCGCUCUCUUGGCCCCUUCGUGCUGGUGGUCCAGCAGCUGCACAAGUGGUGGCAGCCCGUCGGCCUCGAGCAGCUCACUCGCCCACUGCAAGCCCUUAUCAUGGGCCACAAGCACCAUCUGGUGCAAGGGCGUGAUGAUGGCUGGGGCAAGCUCCUCGUCUGGCAGCUCUACAGCUCGCUUGAGGGCCCCGACAAGGGAAGAGAUGACACCCACCCUGACACAGACAGACAGACAGCCAUGUGUGUCAGCAGUUCGGCCUGUCUCUUCCUGUCUGUACGUCUGUGUCAGCACUUACCGUAUGAGUGCCUCCACGGUUUUGGUGCCCAUUCUCCCGAUUGACGUCAGCAGCUUCGAUGCCUCCAGCUGCACAGCCGACUCAAAUGCCCCUCCCAGCAGAGCACUGACAGCCUCCCCGGACCGCUCGGCAACGCCUGCAGCAAUGUAGUCCGGCCGUGUGAUGACAGCACGAAGCUGCUUCAUCAGACUGUGCACGUCAUCCUUGUGAAGAUCGCCCCUGACGGCUGGCGACAAGCAGUCCAGCGUGACGACGAGCACAGCCGCCAACAUCAGGGGCGAGAUGACAGUCGAGGGAGUCGGGACGGUAGGCGAAG